UGCGUGACUGAGCGAGCGCACAGAAAGAGAGAGAGAGAGAACGCGAGCGAGCUAAUGCGCGUGCAGAAGAUCUGCUGACAGUAGAGGGAGGGCGAGAGGCAGAAAAAAGAGAAAUGGCGCCUCGGUGCUCAACUCCCUGAGACACCGAGCAGAGAAAAAGGCAGUGAAGUAGAGAGCAAGGGGAAGCCGAGCACAUCAUGGUGAACACCCGGAGGAGCUCCCGGUCCGAAUCGAUUAGUAUCAGCCAUUACAUCUCAUCCAGGACUCGCUCGUCUGUCAAGAACAACCCCAGUUCCGAGGAGCACCACCAUAAAGACCCUGGCAGUGAUGUUAGUUCCAGUGGUGCCUGCUUGUCUCCCCCUGCUAAACGGACCCGUAGACUCAAAAGCCCGGUAUGCAGCGACAGUUCCCCCAGUCCUCUUGCAAGUGUACAGAGGGAGGAGUGGCGGACACAUACCAGACAAUCCAGAUCCAGGUUAUCCAGUAGUACCAGUGGCAACCUGCAGAAUGGACACAGCAGUUUAUCUCGUAUUGGUCGCUCUCGAAGGAAUGACGAAAGUGGAAGCACAGAUCACUCUAUAAUGAACGGAAAUAUUGAGGUCAGGAGGAGCUGUCGGUCCAAACGGAGCAGAUUUGAGUCUGUAAAUCAGAGCAUGCUUUUUGACCAACUUGUGAACAGUACAGCCGAGGCUGUUCUUCAAGAAAUGGACAGUAUGAGCAACAUCAGGCAGAACAGAGAGGUGGAGCGACUAAGAAUGUGGACGGAUACAGAGUUUGAAAACAUGGAUAUGUACUCACGCGUUAAAAGGAGGCGGAAGCCACUUCGGAGGCCAUCUUUUGGAAUUCAGCCUCGUCAUGAGGUACUCAGUGAAGCUGAGGGUGAAGAGGAAGAAUCUCAGGAAGAAGAAGAGGAAGAGGAAGAUGAGGAUGAUGAAGAUGAUGAGGAUGAUGAAGUGGAUGAAGCUGAGGAGGCCGAAGGUGAAAAUGGUCGACCUUACAAUUUAAGACAAAGGAAAACUGUACAAAGGUAUCAAGCACCACCUAUAGAGCCAACUAAUCGAAAGCAAAGACAGAGCACACUAUUUGAUACACACAGGUCUCCUGCGCGAAGAAGUCAUAUACGGGUAAAGAAACAUGCUAUCCAUAGCAGUGACACAACCUCCUCAUCAGAUGAGGAGCGAUUUGAAAGGCGAAAAAGCAAAAGCAUGACACGGGCACGGAAUAGGUGUCUUCCUAUGAACUUACGAGGUGAAGACCUUGCAAGCGGUAUUCUUCGAGAUAGAGUGAAGGUUGGCGCAAGUUUAGCUGAUGUUGACCCUAUGACUAUAGACACCGCGGUGAGAUUUGACAGCGUAGGUGGUCUUGGACAUCAUAUACAAGCCCUUAAAGAGAUGGUGGUGUUCCCCCUUCUUUAUCCAGAAGUCUUUGAGAGGUUUAAGAUUCAACCACCAAGAGGUUGUCUCUUCUAUGGACCACCUGGUACAGGGAAGACAUUGGUUGCCAGAGCUCUUGCAAAUGAAUGUAGCCAAGGAGAUCGCAAAGUUUCAUUCUUCAUGAGGAAAGGAGCAGAUUGUCUAAGUAAAUGGGUAGGCGAGUCUGAACGACAGCUUCGACUUCUGUUUGAUCAGGCUUACCUAAUGCGACCGUCUAUCAUUUUUUUUGAUGAGAUUGAUGGGUUGGCACCUGUUCGUUCCAGUAGACAGGAUCAAAUUCACAGUUCCAUUGUUUCUACGCUGCUAGCUUUAAUGGAUGGACUGGAUAACCGUGGGGAAAUAGUUGUCAUUGGUGCUACAAACAGACUUGAUUCUAUUGACCCAGCACUCAGGAGACCUGGUCGCUUUGACAGGGAAUUUCUUUUUAACUUACCCGAUAAAAAGGCUCGUAAGCACAUUUUAAAGAUUCACACAAGGGACUGGAACCCCAAACUGGCUGAUGCUUUUCUGGAUGAAUUGGCAGAAAAAUGUGUUGGCUACUGUGGAGCUGACAUUAAAGCACUUUGCACAGAAGCGGCCUUGAUUGCCCUUCGUCGGCGCUACCCCCAAAUUUAUGCCAGUAGCCAGAAGCUUCAGCUUGAUGUCUCAUCAAUUAUUCUUAGUCAGCAGGAUUUUUACUAUGCCAUGAAGAACAUUGUGCCUGCUUCACAGAGAGCUGUGAUGUCUCCAGGACAAGCCCUUUCUCCAAUCAUCAGACCUCUGUUAGAGAAUAUUUUCGGUGGAAUCUUGGCCAAUUUGCAGAGGGUUUUCCCACAUGCUGAGCUUUCGCAAGUGGACAAGAAGGAAGAUAUUUUUGAACAGCUCCUGGAGGAUGACAUUUUCAGUGACGAUGAAGUUAUUGGUGCUCCCUCUAUCUUUGAUUUUCAUUCUCACUCAGGAUCUCCAAAGAAAACACCAUCAGCAAAUUCCCAUAGACCAUUCCUUCAUUUCACAGUGUCUGCCUAUCAUCAGCCUACUUCAUACAGGCCUCGAUUGCUUUUGGCUGGAGACAGGGGCUCUGGUCAAAGUACUCAUCUUGCUCCAGCGGUGCUACACAGUUUGGAGAAGUUUUCUGUUCAUAGAUUAGAUCUACCAACUCUGUAUUCUGUAAGUGCCAAAACCCCAGAGGAGUCUUGUGCACAGGUGUUUCGUGAAGCACGGAGAACAGUCCCAUGUGUGGUUUAUAUGCCAAUGAUCAGUGAAUGGUGGGACUCAGUGAAUGAUAUGGUGAGGACUACAAUUGUAACCCUUCUGCAGGAUAUCCCCUCUUUCACACCAAUCUUAAUUCUGGCUACCUCAGAAAUCCCUUAUGGACAACUUCAUGAAGAGGUGAAAAGCAUCUUUAGGAACCAAUAUGGUGAAGUUGUCAAUCUAAAAAGGCCAAAUGAGGUGGAUCGUAGAAAGUUUUUCGGAGAUUUGAUCUUAAUUCAGUCUGCAAGACCUCCAUCACGAAAGAAAAAAGCAGCUAUGCGUGCCUUGGAAGUACUUCUUCCUGCUGUUCCACCACCUCCCCGGGAACUUUCUGAAGAGGAAAAAAAACGUCUUGCAGACCAAGAGGAAAAUACUCUGAGAGAACUGCGACUAUUUCUCAGGGAUGUGACCAAACGGCUGGCAACUGACAAGCGCUUUAAUAUCUUCUCCAAGCCUGUUGAUAUUGAAGAGGUUUCAGACUACUUAGAAGUAAUAAAACAACCAAUGGAUUUAUCAACAAUUAUGACCAAAAUUGAUACACACAAAUAUUUUACUGUGAAGGAUUUUCUGGUGGAUAUUGACCUCAUCUGUAGCAAUGCACUUGAAUAUAAUCCAGAUAAAGACCCUGGAGAUAAAAUAAUAAGACACAGAGCGUGUACUCUGAAGGACACUGCACAUGCAAUAUUUGCAGCUGAACUAGAUCCAGAAUUCAAUCGAAUGUGUGAAGAAAUCAAGGAAUCAAGAAUGAAAAGGGGUUUCCAGGCUGAAUCAGAAAAAACAAAUACUACCCCCUGCACUGGUAAGAAACCAGGUUCGUUGUCUGAGGAGUCGUCACAGAAUAUACAAAGGAAUGGAAUUGAAAGUUCUUUGAAUAAGUGCAGUCAUCACAUUAGGAGAAAAUUAAGGAGACGACCACAAUGGGGAAGAGGAAUAAUUCGAAGAAGAAAAUACUACUUAAAGAAAGAAGGUACAGAAGGAGAAGACAGUGAACCAGCAGAAUUUGGAGAGCUAGAAGGCACCACUGACUGUCAUGAUGACACUUUGGAAGAAGAGACAGCUGAUCUGUCUCUUACUCAUGAUGAGUCAUCUUGUGAUGCUUUGGAGCUUGGAAGGGUUUUGCACAGCCAGAAUGGCCCCAUUGCCCAUCAAAAUGGACACUUACUAUCCACUGAGGAAGAGAGUUCCAAUGAACCACCAGUAUCUAGUGGAAAUAUUGAAAGCAUUAAAGAAGAUACACUUAGUCGAAAGCUUUCAGCUUCAAACUCCAGCCACCCUAAACGGGAGGACUGCAUUAAUGGUGAUUCAUCCUUGGACAGUUUAUAUAGUGAUGUCAGUCGCAAGAGUAUAGAAGAGAGAGAACUAAAUUCUAAGGAACAAUCAGUGGAUCUGUGUUCUAUUACCACCCUUGAUGGGAGUCGAAGGGUUCAUGAAGGUUCAUUUACUCAAAAAGUUAAUUCAGGAAAACCAGAACAAGGCCAGAUGUUAAGGUCAACAGAAAAUACCAGCCUUAGUACAACAUCACACCAAGUUGUGGACUCUGAAACAAAAGAGAGUGAUCACGAAAAAGAAGGUGCAUCCAAAAUGAAGAAGUGCCGAAAAUCAUUUUCAGAGCAGUUGAAAGCAAUAAACAUAGACAGUAUUUCUGAGGAAGUAGUAGAAUCCACACUACCAUUGAUUGUGAACCAUGAACGACUGUCAAAUCUUUUACAGCUGGUGGUUAAAAAGACAGAGAACUUCACUGUUGAUCAAUUGGAAAGGCUGUAUUCGCUGCUAAGCCAGUGCAUUUACCGUCACCGCAGGGAUUAUGAUAAAACACAUCUUACUGAGGAAAUGGAAAGAACAGUUCAAACUUUUGAGACAUUCCUGUGAUUAUUUUUGAGGAAAAAAACAGGUUGAUCCUGACAGAAACUCUUUGAAGAAGGGAGACCAUUCUUCUGAGCCAUUUAUUUCUUGACUGCGGAGCUUGUGUAGACUUAAAAUGCUCCCUUUUGUGAUAUCCCCCUCCCCACCCCACAGGUUUUUAUUUACCUUUUUUUUUUUUUUUUUUUUGUUCAUUUUUUUCUUAUGGUGAUUUGGUGCUAUUGUCUCAGGUACCUGGAACCAACCAGCCUACAGAACCAAACAGACAUGCUUUUAAAAAGGUGUCCAUGUCCACUCAUGCCAAUGCUGUUUGAUACUGGUGCUAUUCACUUUAAACCGCUGCUCCUGGUUUCAUCUACAAUGAUACAAAUAAAACAACUAUAUUUGGCUGCCACCGGAAGGUAUGAGAAAAGGCAAAUGAGGAAAACCUGCAAAGCAACUUCUGCAUUGGUGAAGCAACAAUGUUCCCCCUUUCCCAGAUACUUGUAUAAAUGAAUCCUUGAAACAAGACAUCAGCUAAAACUCAAGGGUGCUUUGGAGUUGUAUGAUAGCUUUUUAUCCGCAUGUCAUUUAUUUAUAUGUGUAAUAACUCCCUCAGGAGAGCAAAGUAUGUCAGUUUUUAAAAAAGUAGGAAUUUUCAGCAACCAUAAUAAGGUGUCUCUUUUGCCAGUUUGGCUUUAGAUCCUUGUUGUAUUGUGGAUCAUAUGAAAUGGAAAUACUUUGAGUUUUUGAAUAGCACUUUUAGCUCUGGGCUAGUAAAUACAAGAUGUUUGUCACAUCCUAGAGCUGCUUGCAGGUGUAUGUAAUGUGCAUAAAAAACACACAAAAUGUUAUUACUUUUUGUGUGUAAGUUUUGUGUGGUAGUUUUGACAUUGCUGUCUUUUGAGAAAUUUUGUCAAAACAUGAAGCCAAAUGUCAACUGAAUAAGCCCAAAACAGGUUUAGCAGUAGAUUCUGGAAAAGGGGGAGAAAAUGCUUUUGUUAUCAGAAGGUGUAAUGGUAGCUUUCUGCAGGGAGUUGCAUUAUUUCUUGUAUGCUUUUUGAUUUUAUUUCCAUUCACUGCAAUGAGGAGAAAGAAACAGAACAUAUAUGCUACAUCUGUAUGAAUUUUUGUCUUGUGCACCACACCUCACAGCAGGCUAGCAUGACAGGUUUAAAUACAUUUAAAUAGAAUUCCUUUCCUGUGGUUUGCACUGCCUAGCAUGUGCCUUAUUAAAUCAUAAAUAGAAACAAAUGAAAUGUAACUGUUGAGUUAUCUCUUGGCUGAAGUAUGUUUAUGGUAAUAUCACUCACUGUGGUGCGCUUUGUGUCUAAAUAGUUUUUCUUGUUCAGUGUUUUUUUUUUUUCCAGCUGGACGUUUUUGUACUGUCUUGCUUGAACUAAGAGCAUUAAUUGUGGAUUUUCGUUGUAUUUUCUCCCAAGCGUAACUGAAACAAAUCUGCAGAAGAACAGAGAUUAUCAGCUUUUUAACAUGUUGUUUGUAUUUUUUUCUUGUGUAGUAACUCCUCUUGUUCUAGUAUAUAUUUGUUAGAAAAAAUGUGCCAAUGUCGUCUUGUUCCUGAUGUUUUACAGUACAUGGCCAUUCUAGGCAGUGUUGUCAGUGGUUAGACUUGAGCUUUAGAGUUUUUUUUGUUGUUUUUGUAGAAGUAGUCAACACCCCUACGCUUCAGUAUAUCUCAAUUUACUAUAGCAUUUGGUCCAAUCAGAUAUGCAACAUCUUUCUCUAAAGAAUGAUGAAUUGACUUCUGCAGAGAUGAUACAGUGCUACCUCAGCUUUUUUUUCCCUUAUAUAAUUAGCAUUUUGUUUGCUUUGAAACUCAGUCCCCAUCUGUUUACUAGUACCAAUGGUGUCGAUUUCUUUAAUGUUUUCUGAAGUUUACAUACUAUUUAGUUAAGGUACUAGGACAAACUGGUUAUCCUGGGCUAUAUUUCUUUGACAGCUACAGUGAUCCAGUGUAACUAUUUAUCUUCAGCUGUAAGCAAAGAAGAAAAAAAAUUUUUUUUCCUUCUUGACUUUAUUAUAUAAGAACAAGAGAUACUUUUUGAAUCUAUUACACAAUGCAGAUAUCUAAAUUCUGUGUUGUAUGUUAUUUUGCCACUUACUCAAAAGUACUUUAUUAAGAUGAGAUUGAAGUGGCAUAAAAUAAGACUGUAAAAAUAUUGAUAUUUAGAAUUGACAUGUUUUUUUCCUAAUGUUACCAUUAUUUCAAAAGUGAGUUUUAAUGUCACAAAACUAACAGAAAAAAGAUUUUGUACCUUUAAAAAGUUUUUGGAAUGUUGCUAUUUUUUGUUGAUUACAUUGUAGCAAACUUUUAUAGCAAGUUUCUCAACAUAGUUUUUACACAUCUCAGGUUCUUGCUGCAGUCAUUUUAAAAUUAAUUUUAUUACUUCCACAAGCUAACAAAACUUGUAGGAAUCUCAUUUACAGCUACACCUUGCUUUUUAGUUUUAGACAUACUGUAUACAGAUGGCGGGAGGAUGGGGAAUAGUGCAUAACAAUCUAUUGGUGGCCUUUUUAUAAACAGAAAGGCUCUUUUAAAUAAACCACAGAAGAAUAAUUUUGAACUGCCGUGCUUACACUUCUAAAUGUAUACAUCUGCAAACCCAUUUAAGGGCCAUUAAAUGUUGCAAUGAUGAACCUCAGAUGUGUAGUCUUCAUUUACCAGAUGCGUGUGGUGCUUUUGAGGCCUUACCUUAGGUUCAAGAAAAUACAAAUACACUUAUCACUGCUUAGCCUGGUUCAUAAACUAAGCUUUGGUGCUUUAUACAAAUAUCACAUUUUGCCAGACUGUAUAGAUUUCAUCAGAAGUGAAAAUGAACUGUAUUGGGUGGUUUCAAAGCUGCACCUCCACCACCUCGCCAUCUCACUUUUGUAACAACUGUGUAAGAAAUAGUGGCACUACCACACUCCUUAGCACAUUAAAUAUCUUGACAAUUUGCUACUGGCUCUUAUUUUCCCCUUUUAAUUGAUAGUCAUGACACUGCAAGUGCUGGGGUAAUUGACAAAAGUGGCUGAGGGUGGGAAUGCCUCUUCAUGAAUUUAAACUGCACAUUAUUGAACUAGAAAAAGUCUUUUACUCCCAAGAUACUAGUCCUUACUUUUAGAAGACUUGGUUUUCAUCCUUAUGUUUUCUACUAAAAUAUUGUUUUUUAGUAACAAGUCAAAAUUCAUAAUCAAAAUGCUUUUGAGUAUAUUGGGAGAGUUCUCCACUUUUUUAUUUUUUAUUUUUUUCAAUUGUAGCUGUAGAAGGACUUUAUUGAUGUUUAUUCGGGUUUUGAGGGAUGUUUUUUUUUUGUUUUUUUUUUUGUUGUUUUUGGUUGUAGCUUUUCAAUUUUAAUGUUCUUUUCUGUUUGGAAAGGAUUAUUCCAAAUUGUAUUUAACAUAUUUGACUUAGUAUAAGUUAUUUUGAAUUUUGAACAUUUACUGUAAUUUUCAAAACUGCUGUGAAAUACUUGAAUAAAGAUGAAAAUUGUGUUAAUUAGUCUGUCCUUCCAUAUUCAGCACAUAACAGUACACAGGUGUGGUUUACUACUAGUGUUUCAAUAAACAGCUUUGAGAUUU